AUGAGACUAUGGGACAUGCCCACACGUGUAUUUAAGGCAGAGGAAAGCAGAGCAGUGCACAAAACCUGCAGCAGUGCAAUGGAGACACAGAGGAAGACAGGAUCAGUUUCCUUCAACAACUAUAAAAUAUUUAGAAACGGUGGAGAUGGAUUUAACCAGUGGGUUAUUCUGUGUCUGGGACUCUUGAAUGCAGUUCUGCUGAUAGUCGCUGUUGUUCUUGGGAUUAACUGUGCCAAAGUCAAAGAGGGCUCCUUGCACAUUUCCAACCCAGCUGUAACACAGCUCUUCAGUGAGCUCGACUAUCUCCGAAGCAACCACAGCGAUGUGAUCGAAGCUGAAGAGGAGGCCAAGAAGGCGUUAGAGAGCGCGAUCAACAACCACAAAGAAGUAAAGGUGAAAAUUGAGCAGCUGAAGACCGUCAAUGAUGGUUAUCAGAAACAGAUGCAAGCACUGCAAGUGGAGAAGGCAAACCUGAAGUCCAACAUAUCAGUUUUAGAGGGAUCUUGCGGCGGAUGCCUCCCUGGUUGGGCUCUUUUCAACUCGUCCUGCUAUUUCUUCUCCUACACCGAGUCCUCUACUGUCAAAAAGAACUGGCAUGAGAGCAGAGAGGACUGUGUUAGUCGUGGCUCUGACCUGGUUGUGAUCGAUAACCAGGAAGAGCAGAAAUUUAUCAGUAGCAACAUCCAAAAUAUGAAAACCAGUGAUCAGUGGUGGCAAAGCGGAUUCUGGAUCGGUAUCACUGACAUAGAGACUGAGAACAGAUGGGUUUGGAUUAAUAAUGUCACAGAGGUCGAGCAACGGUACUGGAUGGAUGGUGAACCCAAUGACCAGGGAACCCACGGAGAGGAUUGCGGGGUUGCAGUUUCCUCCAUCUUUAAUCCCUGGAAGACUCGUUUUGAUGGAAGAUGCAACUGGCAUAACUUACACUGGAUAUGUGAAACGCCAUCAACCUCCUAGGACCUGCCGUCCACAUAUGUGGACAUCACAUUUUGGGUUGUCUAAACCAAAAUACUACAUUUUGCUCUACAAGGGCCUGAUAUUCACUUACGAGGACAUUAUACUGCCACUGUUUUAUCGAAAUUUAAAGGGGAUGUCCUGAUAUGUGGAUCUCAUUUUUCUCAGAAAAAAAAUAAUCACGUAAUUCUUUGUUUUUACAUUCAUCAGGUCCCAAUCAGCCAAAAUAGCAAAGAGAAAUCAAAAAUGCAUGCCAUUAAAGAGUUCAGGUGUUAAGCGGUUAAGAUAAACUCUACUGCUCAAGCAAUUACUUCAGAUGAUCCUGAUUGUACUAUAGCAGUUGUUGCUAUGUCCUCCAGUCUUGCAGAGUAUAUUACAGUGCAGGUUUGAACAUUAAUAAAUACAUUGAUGACUUGUGUUUGGAUUUUUAAAAUGAAUUUUGACCUGUAUCUUUUAACUGUAUUUUAACCAGGGGCGAUUCUAGGAUCAGAGCUUUGGGGGUGUUGGGCACCCAGAGAGCUGCCCAGCCAGCCAAGAUACACUUUACUCGUCACAAUGAGACUUCUUCCCUGUCUCUUUCGGUCCCUGCAUCCUCCCUGUCCUCAUCGUCUGUUGUCUUCAUCUCCGUUAUCAGUCAUCAUA